AUGUCUGCCCCAGUCAUCACCAUUCGCCGCGCUCAGCGCAAGGACACAGAGCGCAUGUACGACCUCAUCAUGGAGCUGGCCAUCUACGAGCGGGCACCUGAGUGUGUGGUUGUGUCCAAGGCGGAGAUGGAGGAGGAAGGUUUCGGCGAGCGACCUCUCUGGAGCGCCUUCCUGGCGGAACUUCAAGAGCCAGACGAUGUGGAGCCACGUGUCAUUGGAAUGGCGCUCUACUACUACCGGUACUCUACAUGGCGUGGGCGCAUGCUUUAUCUCGAGGAUUUUGUAGUCACGGAGUCGCAUCGCGGCCUUGGGGCAGGCAAGAUGCUUUUUGAGCGAGUUUUGCAGCAGGCGAAGGAAGAGGGUUGCCAUGGCAUGGUAUGGCAGGCGUUGAACUGGAACACACCGGCCAUCAACUUCUACAAGAGGUACGACGCGGAGAUCGACCCUGGGUGGGUGAACUGCACCCUCAAGUUUUAG